GGCAGCUGUUUGGGUUUUAUGUCACUGAGCACUCGUCCACGCUGUUGGUGCUGUAGUUUCAGCAGGGGCAGUGAUGGGGGGAAACAGCCCGAGUCACUUCUGUGAGGAAGAUGAAGGCGGAGGAAUUACUUUUCUGAAGGGCAUUCGGCUGUCAGACCGAGUCAUCAAGCGGAUGAAGCUGUCGCCAGAGGUCGUCUCGCCGCAUCUCGCUCAUGAGUCAAAACCAGUGGCUUCUCCAGAUCCCACCUCUUCUGUGGAACACUUGUCACCUCCUCCACCUACAGUUAUCGCAGCACCACCUCCUUCUCUUUCUCCUCCUUCUCAGGGAGCCACAGUUCCAACAGUGGAACCUGCUCCUGCUGUUAAGCUCAUCCCGCCUCCUCCUGUGAAGUUUCACUCCUUUCCCCCAGCCCCUCCAGAGCCUGCAGCUCAAACUCCAUCCACCCCUUCCCCAGGAGUCAAAGCACCUGUAGAGCCCCUUCCUCCACCCCCUGCUGAAGUCCCACCUUCUGCUGAAACCUUAAUCCCACCCACGUCUGUAGACUCAUCUCAAGCAUCUCUGGCUCCACCUGAACCUUCAUCUCAAACACCCCCCACUAUUAUUAAGCCCGCUACUGUCACUCCAUCUGUUGAACCUCUAGAAUCUGUUACCCCAUCACCUCCACCAGUAGAAACAGUCCAACUUCCACCCACGGUUGAAUCUACUCCAUCUGGACCAGUGGAGGAAGUGGACCAGCAGUGUCAAGUGGAGGCACCAGUCGUGGUUCCAGCUAUUGAUCCAGAGCCUCCAUGUGAUCAAUCUCCACCUCCUCCAGAGGACGCUCUAGCACCUCCAAUGCUCUCUUUUGAAGAAACAUCUCCAUCCUGUCACUGUGUGGAGCAAGCUGUUGCCCCAACUCACCCACCUCUAGCUCCACUGCCACCAACCGAGGAGUCCCCCAAGAACCCAUCUGUGCCUCCUUUUGAUGAGAAGGAAGUACCUGUUGUCACAACACCACCUCCACCUGUGACAGUGUCGGAAGACGAAUUGAGGCAGAAGCUCAAAGAGGAGAUGCAGAGAAGUCUGAAGGAGGAGAUCGACCAGAAGAGGCAGGAGCUACAGAGGCAGUUGGAGGAGAUGAGGGUGCAGGUUCGAGCUGAGGCGAGGGCAGCAGCUCGGGCUCGGGUGGAGGAGCAGGUGAAGAAGAUUCUGGAGGCUGAGAGGGCGGCGAGCACGGAGAAGCUCACAGACACUAUCAUGAAAGAGCGAAUGAAGACGGAAGAUGAGAAGCUCAUGGUGCAGCUUUAUUGGAUGGAGCUGAAGGCUCAUCAGCUGGAGGAGAAGGAGAAAGAGCUGAAGAAAGAUUUUGUUGAAGCAGUUGUGAUAUGUUAUGUUGAGGGUAAUGUGUGUGUUUUUUUACCACUUUGGCAGUGUGCAGAGUUUUACAAAGUCUCUGUCGAGAGCUUCCGGAAGGGCAAAGAAGAGACUCUCAGCCGUUUUACUCGUUUUAACACCCAGCCAGUGUGUGGAGACUUGCAGAGUCAGAUAUUAAAAUGCUACAAGGAGAACACGGGAAAGACUCUGUGCUGCUCGCGCAUUGCCGCUGCCUACAUGCAGUGUGUGGACGAAGCCAAGAAAAAUAAGAUGAGCACAGGCGGUUAAUGUGGACCGCAUCCUGGCAGACUACUGCAGCCUUUCUAUAUACCCAAAGAAGUGCCAGACGCAUGCAGACGUUAACUAAAAGGACACUUUAGUCUGCUGCUCAUCAUGGGAUCAAAGCAAUUAUAUCGAUGCAACAGCAAAAUUCAUUUUUAAGUGCUUGCUUUUUUCUUUUAAACGAAGCAAAACACAACAGACAAGCAGAACAUUUGCAGACUGAGAGCCUGAUUAAUCAUUUUACACACGUGCCUUGAAGUUAUGAAAGCUGUUUAUCAGAGUGUGAACGCAUGAAGGAACUACUGAGUGAGAAGAGUGUAACAACAAAGAAAAAUUAAAUCCAUCAGUAAACCUUGAUGUGGAACAUAAUGGUUCACGGUUAAAGAAAAUAUUUGUGUGUGUGUGUGUCUGUGUAUGUGCUGCCCCUUGCUGAUUUUGAGUUCACAAUUUAAUAAAAAUUUAUUACUGUGCUCAUGAAA